CCGCCGGAGAGAUUCUUCUGUGAGUUUUUCACAGGGAAACAAACGAUGACAACAAGUUUAAAACAAGCCUUAAAAACCCACUUUGGCUUCGACGGCUUCAGGUCCAAAAUUCAGGAGGAUGUCGUGAAGGCGGUCGUUAAACGUGACAGGGAUGUGUUUGUGUGCAUGCCCACUGGGGCUGGGAAGUCCCUGUGCUACCAGCUCCCUGCAGUUCUGGCUGAGGGCAUCACUCUGGUUAUAUCCCCUCUAAUCGCCCUCAUACAGGACCAGGUCGACCGCCUGAGGGAGCGCAACAUCCCCGCCUGCUCCAUCAACUCCAAGCUCCCGGCGGGCGAGCGGCGCCUGAUCCUGGCCGACCUGGGGAGCAGCAGCCCCCAGCUGAAGCUGCUGUACAUCACCCCGGAGAUGGUGGCGUCGCCCUCGUUCCAGCCGUGCCUCACGGACCUGUGCUCCCGCGGCCUCCUGUCCUACCUGGCCGUGGACGAGGCCCACUGCGUCUCCCAGUGGGGCCACGACUUCAGGCCCGACUACCUCAAACUCGGGGAGCUGCGCGGUCGGAUGCCGGGAGUUCCCUGUUUGGCUUUGACGGCGACGGCGCCGAAGAACGUGCAGCAGGACGUCCUCCAGUCCCUGAGGCUGAACUCGCCGCUGUGUUUCGUGACUCCUGUUUUCCGCAGUAACUUGCACUACGACGUGAUCUUCAGGGAGCUGCUGCCGGACCCGUACGUCCACCUGCACGCCUUCAUCCAGAAGGCGCUGGGUAGCGGGCGACAGUCACAGGGCUGUGGGAUCGUGUACUGUCGGACCAGGGAAGGUUGUGAGACCGUUGCCUACCAGCUGACCAAGCUCGGGGUGUCGUCGAAGGCGUAUCACGCAGGUUUGAAGGCAGGAGAUCGCACAGAAGUCCAGAACGAGUGGAUGCAGGGGAAGGUUCUGGUCAUCGUCGCCACCAUCAGCUUCGGCAUGGGAGUCGAUAAAGCUAACGUCAGGUUCGUAGCUCACUGGAACGUGGCUAAGUCUCUGGCCAGUUACUACCAGGAGUCCGGGCGAGCGGGGAGGGACGGCCUCCCCUCCUCCUGCCGCAUAUACUACUCCUCCAAGGACAAGGAGCAAAUCAACUUCCUCAUCCGCCAGGAGGUCACCAGGAGACAGGAGAAACGUGGUUCAGCUAAAGAGUCGGACAAAUCCGCCCUCACAGACUUCGGAGCCAUGGUGUCGUUCUGUGAACAGGAAGGCUGCCGCCACGCCACCAUCUCCAAGUUCUUCGGGGACCAGACGCCGAAAUGCGCCGGCGCCUGCGACUUCUGCCGGAACCCGAAGCUGGUCCGAGCUCAGCUGGCGCGGGCGGCGGCGCUCAGCACCAGGACCGAGGCGGCGAGCAGAGAACCCACGGGGCCGUUCGGGUUCCAGCCGGGCGUCUACGAGGGAGGGAAGAAAGGCUACGGCUUCGAAAGGUUCGACGAAGUGGAGGCGGGAAGCAGCGAGGACGACUCCCUGAAGAGGAAGAAGGAGUUUUCAGAUCUUUACAAGAAGCAGAUGAACCUGCGGAAGGUCAGCGACGCUCCGAAGGACGACUUCGUUCCUCCAGACGCCGACUGUCCUCUGAGAGAAGCCGACAGCCAGAGGAUCCCCAGGCUCACGGUCAAGGCCAGAGAGCACUGCCUGUCCCUGCUGCAGGAGGCGCUGCGUGGCCAGCAGGGGGCGCAAGAUGCAUUCAGACGUUCGUCAUUAAAGUCUCUUUCCUUCCUCCAGCUGAAGCGUAAGAGAGUAGGAGCAGGAGAGAGAGGCUCAUCGAACCCCUUCAUGAGCGCCAGGGACCUCCUGCAGACCUCCACCUCCUCCACCUCGGACGGAGGCGGCUUCUUCAACCAGAGCUCAGGAGACACGACCGUCCAGACGAGCAGGGAGAGACUAAAGGAGACGGAUCCCUCAGCAACGUCGUCCACCGCCAGAGCCAACGCCACCUCCUCCUCCACCACCUCCUCCACCACCUCCUCCUCCACCACCUCCUCCACCACCACCUCCUCCCCCCUCAGCAGCCCGACAAAAGGAGGAAGAGUCAGGAGCAAGAAGCAGCAGAAACUGGAGGAAGCUGCAAAGACGUCCAGAGACAUUUCCCUCUACUUCACAAAGAAACAACCCACAGAGAAAACUCAGGAGGAGCAGAAAGAGGAGAAAGAGGAGGAGACGGAGGAGAAGGAGGAGGAGGAGGAGCUGCCGAAGGAGCCAACGUUAGCAGCCAGCAGCCCUGACACCGACAGACUGAUGCUCAUACCUGAUACUGACGAGGAGGAGGAGCAGGAGGAGCAGGAGGAGCUGCCUCAGCAACAGGAGGAGACGCCCAUGACGGAGAAACCUGAGGAGGAGGUGGAACCUCCGACGCUCCAGGAGGAAGUGAAGCUGCAGGAGGAGGUGAAGCUCAAGGAGGAGGUGAAGCUGCAGGAGAUCUCAGGAGACAAGAAGACGAAGGGGGAGUCGUCUCCCCCGGCGAAGCGUCGCGUCACCUUCAACCCCAACGUCCAGGAGAGAUCGGUGCAGCCGGCCAGCGAGCCGCCGAAGGCCGUGAGCCUGAAGGAGGCGGCCGACAUCGUGGUCCGAUACCUGGACCCCUUCUACACUCAGGGGAAGUUCGCCACCAAGGAGCUGUUCAAGUCUUUCGCUCGCUACCUGUCUCACCUUCUCGCCGAGGGGAGGAGUCGAGGAAAAGGUCAAGUUAAAGCCGAAGCCAAAUCUCUCAUCAAGAAGUUCUUCAGCAGAGUCCAGCGCUGCGAGAGCGAAGCCGACUGGAAGAACCUGAAAAAGCUGCACGGCUGCAAGACCACGGAGAACGAUGAGUGAAUGAGUGAAUGAAUGGAUGCAUGAAUGAGUGAAUGCAUGAGGCGUCACACUCUCCUGCCUUCUCGUGUCCUCGGUGCCUUCGCUUCUGUGUCGUCUGCGGACGAGGUUUACGCUCAGAGUCCGUUUGCUGCUGGUUCUGCUCGGUUUCCUGCUGCUGCUGAAGGAGCCGACGUCAGAAAUGAAGCAAUAAAAAAAAAGAGACUGACGGUUAAAGAGGAAACACGGAGAGAAGACAACGGUCACCAAACGUUUUAAAGAAUAUGUGCUGGUCCUGUUGAUGUGUGGGAAAUAAAGGUCGGUGUGUCCACUGCUGUAAAGACGUAAAGAAAUGAUGAUGAUAAUAAAUGUGGAAAUGUAAAGAGAAGUAAAUGAAUCAAUAAAUGUGGAAUUAUAGAGGAAACUGGAAGAUGUUAGAGAAAUAUGAAAAGUAUAAAAAUAAAAAAAAUAUAAAAAUGCAGAAAUACAAAGAGAAUUAUUUUAAGUAUAUAAAGAACAAAUACAAGUAAAUAAAAAAUACAUAAAAGAUGAAAAAAAUUAAAUCUGAAGAGAAAGAUUUGAAAUACAUAGAAAACAAUAUGUUGAACUAAAAUAUA